GCUGUCUCUUUAAAUGUGAUUUCCUUCUAUUGUAUUUGAAUCGUGAUCAGGAAAAAGGAAAUGAAACCAGAGACAGAGGGAAGCUGAGCGAAAAUAGACCUUCACGAGAGAGGAGGGAGUCGGGGAGAGCCGCGCGGUCCGCUCCCCGCCCCCAGGCCGCCGCCCCCUCUCUGCCCUCGGCGCCCCGACCCCGGCGAAGGUGCGAGGGGCUCGGGGCGGCCGGGCGGAGGCGGCGACAGCGCGCGAUCGGGACCGGGCGGCGGCGGCGGCGGCUGUGGUGACGGCAGCGGGACCGGGAUGGAAGGGAGUGCGGUGACUGUCCUUGAGCGUGGAGGGGCGAGCUCGCCGGCGGAGCGACCGAGCAAGAGGAGGCGCAGGAGCGGCGGCGCCCGAGCACCGGAGGGGGUCCGAGUCCAGGCAGCUAGUCAGCCACGCGCCACAAAGGGAGCGCCCCCGCCGCCCGGCACGCCGCCCCCCUCCCCAAUGUCCUCGGCCAUCGAAAGGAAGAGCCUGGACCCGUCUGAGGAACCUGUGGAUGAGGUGCUACAGAUACCCCCAUCCCUGCUAACAUGUGGCGGCUGCCAGCAGAACAUAGGGGACCGUUACUUCCUGAAAGCCAUCGACCAGUACUGGCAUGAGGACUGCCUCAGCUGUGACCUCUGUGGGUGUCGGCUGGGUGAGGUGGGGCGUCGCCUCUACUACAAGCUGGGACGGAAGCUGUGCAGGAGAGACUAUCUCAGGCUUUUUGGUCAGGAUGGUCUCUGCGCUUCCUGUGACAAGCGGAUCCGUGCCUAUGAGAUGACGAUGCGUGUGAAAGACAAAGUGUAUCACCUGGAGUGUUUCAAGUGCGCCGCCUGUCAGAAGCAUUUCUGUGUAGGUGACAGAUACCUUCUCAUCAACUCCGACAUAGUGUGUGAACAAGACAUCUACGAGUGGACCAAGAUCAAUGGGAUCAUCUAGGCCAGAGUCCCAGGCACCUGUGGGGAGGUGCUCAGUGAAGACGCUGCUGUCUCGGCAUGGUCUUCACGCUUAGGCACUUUGGGAACCUGAGGGUGGGUGAGGCAUUUCUUAGGAGAUUCUGGACUCUUCCUGGGCACUAAAGACAUAGCAACCACAUGACAUAAUGCAAAGGCUGAGGCUUCAGUGUCACAAAGGACCAGCCCUUAGAGAAAAUUUAUGGUCACAGGCUAGCCAUAGUAACUGACAAGAUUAGUGGAGGAAAUAUUUGGGGACCAGCAUGCACUGUGCCAUCAUGAUAGGAUUUCCCAGAUAGGCCGUCUUGGGUAAAGAUUAGAUGUGACCUUGGUGUUCAUGGACUAGAGUUGUGCAAUUAAUUUCUUCCUGGCUUUGGUAACUACCCUGUUCUAGUCACCAUCCUUCACACUAGGAAAGAAAAGAAAGAGAAACAGUCACUCUUUUUCCUUUUUUUUCCUUGGUCACCUUCCCGUGGCCUAAAGCUCUAGAGCCAGGGGAAGCUGCAUGGAGGUACAUUUCAUUUGGGAAUGAAAUCCACAUCUUUCAACCAGACAAAUAUUUAUAGCGAUGUUGAUGAAUCACUGUUUUUAGACACCUUCAUUUUGAGGUGAGGUGCCCCACAGAUUGUUUCUAUACAAAUGUAAAUCUUAAAAAAAAAAGGUCAAAGUUGUUCAACUAUUUUAUUAUCUUAGAUUAUAUCAAAGUAUUUGUUGUGUGUCAUUAAAAAAAACUUGAUUCUGAAGACUUAAUAAAAAUGACAAGCUGAAACACA